AUGGUCCAGCUAAAUUAUCCAACGAGUGUGUUUGUUUCAGAAAAUGGAGAAGUUUAUAUUUCGGAUUAUCUGAAUAAUCGAGUUAGAAAGGUUUUACAAAACGGAAAUAUUGUAACAAUAGCAGGAAAUGGAAAAUUAGGAUGUUCAGGAGAUGGUGGUUUGGCAAUUAAUGCCGAGCUCAACUGUCCAAUGAAUGUAUUUGUAUUCAACGAAGAGGUAUAUAUUACGGAUUCAGCAAAUCAUCGUAUUAGAAAGGUUUCGAAAAGUGGAAUAAUUGAAACGAUAGCUGGAAAUGGAAACGAAGGAUUCAGUGGAGAUGACGGAUUGGCCACUCAGGCUCAACUCAAUUGUCCAAUGAGCACAUUUGUAAACUCUAAUGGAGAAAUUUAUAUUACAGAUUCUAAUAAUUUUAGAAUUAGAAAGGUUCAAAGAAAUGGAAUAAUUAAAACAAUAGCAGGAAAUGGAAAUGAUGGAUUUGAAGGAGAUGGUAGCUCAGCAACAAAUGCCCAACUCAAUUAUCCAAUGCAUGUUUUUGUUUCUUCCAACGAUGAAAUGUAUAUAUCCGAUAGUGGCAAUAAUGCCAUUCGAAAGGUAUCAAGGAAUGGAAUUAUUGAAACAGUAGCAGGAGAAGGGCCUUAUUCACAAGGAUACAGUGGCGAUGUUUCGUUUUGA